AUGGUCAAGAUUGUGCCACAGACGGUAUUGUCUCGAGAUGGGGUGGAGGAAUCAACGUUGGCAGAGAUCGCAGAGGCAUGCCAUAUAUCAGCGGAUCAAAUCGACGACAUAUACGCGUGUACGCCACUACAAAUCAGUGCCAUGGCAGAGUCCACAAUACGCACCGGCGCCAGUGUAUUUCAAUAUGUCUUCUCUUUCGCUCCCUCAGUUGAUGUCGAACGAGUUUGCAUUGCUCUGCAGACAGUGGUUUCGCUGAACGCGAUCCUGCGUACUCGACUUGUCGACUCUCGCCUUGGAAUUGUGCAGAUUGUUACGAAAGGAGCUCAUUACACUCAUCGACUGCCUGACAAUGUUCAGAUUGAGCAGUAUAAGGGCGAUGAAAAAAAUAAGGCCCUGGUUUUAGGCAAACCGCUAUUCCAUUCUGCUAUCAUCGACCGGAUGUGGGUGUUGACUAUGCAUCACGCGAUCAUGGAUCACUCUUCCUUGACUUUUCUAUUCAGAGAUCUCCUCGGUAUAUAUCAUGGUCACGCGCCAGAGACGCGCACUCCUUUCAAGAAAUUUGCAGAAUACUGCCUCAAUAUUAACGAAACUGCGGCAAAGCAUUUCUGGUCAUCGCGCUUCAAAGGAGCUCCAGCCAUCUUCCCAAAAGUUGAACCGGGUUAUGCUCCUAAUGCAACGCAAAAAAUGACUUUGAAAAUAACAUCUACUCGUAUUGGUGCUGGAGUCUCUCAUGCUCAUGUACCAUCGUUUAUCGAGGCGGCUUGGGCUUUGACUGCUGGAGCUUACACAAAUAGUGAGAGCGUUGCAUUUGGCCAAGUUCUGUCCGGCCGCACACUCGAUUUGGCGGGCCUCGAGACUACCCUAGGGCCCAUGAUUGCUAUAGUCCCAGUACAGAUCAAUUUGCUGCGAAAUAUGACCGUGGAGGGAAUUCUUAAGGAUAGGAUUACAGCGCUACGACAGCUCCAAACACACUCGGCUCUACAAUACGGCGUCACGAGAAUUCGGGCUGUUAGUGAUGAAGCACGUAUUGCAUCAAGCUUCCAGACUUUACUGAACAUUCGUCCCUCAUUGGAUGACCCUGAUGAAUCAGAAGACUUGAAGUAUGAAGGUAUGGACGAACCGAAUGGAGCCUUUGGCCUCUGCCUGUAUUGUAAUCUCCAGGAAGAUGGAAUUUUUGUUGAAGCAAUUUCCGAUCCGACUAUCCUUUGUAAACGCCAGCUUCUCAGGGUAGUGCAUCAGUUUGAACAUACUUUCCAGUUGCUCUUAGACGCUGAUCCUCAGACCAAGCUAGUGCAGCUGCCGCUAUUGAACCCCCAUGAUCGUUCGGAGAUCCUCAAAUGGAACAAGAAAUUACCCGAGACGGUGGAGAGGUGCAUUCAUGAGCUAUUUAGUAUUCGAGCUCGGGAGCAACCCGAAGCUGUAGCAAUAGAAGCUUGGGAUGGGGAUCUCAGCUAUCUCGAGUUGGACGAGAUGUCUGAUCGUCUCGCUCACGAGCUGCGACGAAAGGGUGUUUCUCCUCAAGAUACAGUGGCUUUUAUCUUUGAAAAGUCACACUGGACAAUCGUCGCUAUAUUUGCUAUUAUGAAGGCAGGGGGUGCAUGUGUCCCCAUCGAUCCAGCAAAUCCAUAUGCUCGUAAAGCAGCCAUUAUUUCUAGCGCACACAUAAAGAUUAUCUUGGUCUCAUCCGCACAGCUUGCGAGCUCUGCGGACCUCGCGCCCGACAUCUUCGUGGUCAACACAGCAUCCAUUUCUGGGCUUGCAGAUGUCACUGGUUCUCUUGAUGAAACAUGCUCUCCAGGGGAUCUUGCCUACAUCAUGUUUACCAGCGGUAGCACGGGAUCCCCUAAAGGUGUCAUGCUAGAGCAUCGUUGUUUAGUGUCGUCACUCAGCUCUCUUGCCCAAAAAUGCAUGUGGCAGCCAGGCAGCCGGAUGCUCCAAUUUGCUGCUCAUGUGUGGGAUAUUAGCAUGGGUGAGAUAUUCGGGGCGCUUCUCUUCGGCGGUUGCCUUUGCAUACCUUCGGAUGAAGCGCGAGAAUCGAGCCUUGCCAAGUUCAUCACAUUCAGCAGAGUUAACUGGGCGUGGUUUACCCCUACAGUUCUCCGCACCUUGUCUCCUGAAGAGCUACCCAGCUUGCAAUCGAUGAUCUCUGCCGGUGAACCAAUUGGCGCCGACUCGCGAGACUGGGGCCCAUGCGAAGCCUCCGUUCUCAGCUCGGUCGCGGAACUGACACCUGAAUCUCGCGACCCUGAGAGCAUCGGUAAGCCUGUCAGCUGCGCUAUGUGGAUUGUAAAGUAUUCAGGGAAUACAAAUGAACUUGUCCCAAUUGGUGCUAUUGGGGAAAUCUUAGUUGAGGGCCCAGGAGUCGCUCGGGGAUAUCUAGAUGACUCUGUCAGGACCGCAGCUUCGUUCAUUUCACCACCUGCUUGGGCUCCUUCUCGAACAAAAGCCAAGCAUUUCUACCGUACUGGAGAUCUAGCUAAGUAUCAUUCUGAUGGAAGUAUCGUUUUCGUCGGCAGACAAGACAGCCAAGUCAAGAUUCGAGGCCAAAGGUUUGAGCUUGGGGAACUCGAGAAUGUUAUCGAUAGCUGUGGUGAAGUGCAAGAUGUUUUUACUGCAACCAGAAUAUUGAAAGGCCGGACUGAACUAGUCGCUGUGGUGGUUUUGGCGGAUCCCCUGCUGUCGAGUAGGGUUGUGCUUAAGGACAUCUCCUAUGAGUUCGCAGAAAUCACUUCUCGGUAUCUGCGUGCUAUAGGAAACCAUGUGCGAGCUAGACUGCCUUCGUACAUGGUCCCCACCAUUUGGCUUACUGUAGAACAAAUGCCUCGAGCAGCAUCAGGAAAGUUAGACCGAGUGGCUAUUAGUUCAUGGUUAAAAGCGAAGGAUUUAUCGUCUGUAGGUUCCGCGGUGGACUCGCAGAUGGCCGCAACUUUGACGCCUCCAUCAACGGCGGAGGAAAGGUUACUGGAGUCAGUGUGGUCAUCAGUGUUGGAUCUUCCCAAAGGACAUAUUGGGCGGGAAAGCUCCUUUAUGCAGUUGGGGGGGGAUUCAAUCUUGGCCAUGCAGGUAGCAAGUCGAUGCCGUAAGCAUGGCAUUCAGACAACAACUUCAGAACUUUUAAAAGGUAAAUCUCUCGCAGCUGUCGCCGAAUUAUCGCUCCUCAAAGAGCCUGCUAGUGAUGGGAUUAUCAUGUCUUAUAACGCAGUACCGGAGGAUAACCACCAGGUCGAACCAACAGCUCCGAUUCCGAGCGUUUUCGACUGGCUUCUUUCAAAAUUGGGCCAUUCAAACUCGUUUCUCCGGAGGGGAAAUAUUGAGAGAAUCAUCACAGCGACAGAUGCUCAAGCCUAUAUGCUCGCGGCGGGUGAGCUUGGAGAGAAGGGAUUUCAUAUCCAGUUCAAGCUCGAGCUUAGACCUAGCCUUGACUCUGCACGGCUACGGAGGGCCUGCGAACAAGUGAUUCGGCAUCACUCAAUUUUGCGGACAGUAUUUUUGCAGCAUGGGCCGGCUCUUCAUCAAGCGAUACUAAAAGGCUUGCCCUCGGAAACGGUAGUCGAAUUAGAAGAGGAGGACAACAUGUCACCGAAAGUCACGUUCCGGGAAGGAAAUAACUUGCCACGCUUUCGCUUAUUCUCUGAUGGCCAACUUUGCCACCGCUUAUGCCUUGAUAUCCAUCAUUCUCUCUACGAUGCUCUCUCUUUAGAAUUGGUGUUCCGAGACCUCGACGCAGCUUAUACAGAGAAACAACUUUCCGGAGGGCUGUAUUUCCAUUCCUGGAUCUCGCACGUCGAAUCCCUUGACAAGUCUACACCGCGAGAAUAUUGGAGAACGGUGUUACGAGACUCUUCGAUGUCAUAUUUAGUGCAACCCUCUGCUCGCACAAUACAGAUCCAUUCAUUCGACCAGCAGCUCAAGAUUCGUGUUCCUCUCCAGAAUUUACAAACAGAAUUAGGAACGCCUUCAAGUGUGAUGAAAGCAGCCUGGGCCCUCCUCCUUUCCCAUGCUCUUGGAACAAGGGAUAUCACAUUCGGCGAAGUCAGCACAAAUCGCUACUUACCGGUCCUAGGACUGAGCGAAGUGAGAGGUCCCUGUCUAAACUUUCUACCAGUCAGAGCGUGUCUCGAUCAUAGUUUGACUUUUGCUUCGUUGAUCACACAAUUACAGAACCAGUCAGCCGCUGGACUGCCUCACCACCAUCUUGGAUUCCGAUCUAUCAUUAAAGACUGCACUGAAUGGCCUAGCUGGUCUCGAUUCAGUUCUGUACUAGUGUAUCAGAACCAUGGUUCAUUGAAGCCUUCUCUCAGGAUCGGGGAUGCGGACUGUGCACUUUCGCAUUCCGGCGAAAUUGGCGACACCGCUGACAUCUCAGUGAUCGCUACACCAGGCUCGAAGGACCUGGAAAUCGACCUUCACUAUUCCUCUCGUGCACUUCCCUCCAAGCAAAUACAAUGGAUUUCUCGAUCUUUGGUUACAAUACUAGAAAGAAUACCAUCUUUCGUGAGACAAAGGAUGAAUGAAGUUGAGGAUUCCAUCCAAAACUCUCUGGGAUCCUACGAUGUGCCUCUAAGUCGCACAGCCCAACUGCCAGAUCAUGCAAAAGGACAUGUGCAUCCUCCCUCAUUACAAGCACAGUCAGUUGUUCUAGAUGCUUGGAAGGAGCUUGAGCUAUUGCCAAGAGACCAAAACGAAGAUUGUUCACUAUUCAGCUGCGGGGCUGAUUUUGUUACUGCUUUGCUACUCUCCAAACGCUAUCUUUAUUGCGGAUAUGAUAUCAGCCCUAAGGAUAUUAUUCAGUAUCCUACCCGCUCAAUGCAGGCAUAUAUGGUAGACUCAAAGAUAAAAUCAAAGCCCAGUGAGAUAGUGUUGGUUGAUUGA